CUGAUCUAUAUAUGUGCCUUAACUUCAGCAGAAUCAAUACAUGUGACAGUGUGACAUUGUCACAUUGAGGUGGUUGAUCCAUUCAUAAAGCAAUGCUCCACUUUGCUUCAAGUUCUAAUCUCAAAAUCCUUAAAAAAGAAAGACUAUAAGAACUUAAAGUCGGUGCAUUUAGGCCUGCCCAAUUAAUAUUUUAUAUGAUUCACUGACCCCUAAAAAUAUAAACCCAUCCCUACAUCCCAUGACAAGCAAUUAAAGAUAUGAGGCCUCAACCAUCAAAGCUUCCUUCUAUAUAUUCAUUUACAUUUAGCUAGCAUAAGGCAACCCAUAUUAUUGUCAUAUUGACACUUUACAUCAUCGUUCAAGUGAGUCAACCUCCAAAGCCAAGAGCAAAAUGACUAUUACAGAGAUGAGGGUGCACAUGGAUUGCCCUGGAUGUGAAAACAAAGUGAAAACUGCACUUCAGAAAAUGAAAGGUGUGGAUGACAUUGAAAUAGACAUGAAGUUGCAAAAGGUGACGGUGAAUGGUUUUGCUGAUCAGAAGAAGGUUCUAAAAAGGGUUCGAAAAACUGGACUUAGGGCUGAGUUAUGGCAGCUUCCUCACACAACAGAAUCUCAAAGUCAAUAUUAUCAACAACACCUUUGCAAUGGCCCUAUCCCUCAUUAUGCUUCACAACCUUCCUCAUCUUAUAACUACCACAAGCAUGGUUAUGAUAGUAGUGAUCCUAGCCAUUAUCACUAUCCUUCUCAAUCUUCAAUCUUUGGCCAUCAAACUGGUGCUACUUUUAGUGAUGACAAUCCUCAUGCUUGUUCUAUCAUGUGAUCAUUUCAUGGUCAAACCAAUAAAAAAAAAACUUUGUGCACUUUUUUAUUAUGAAGUAUGAAUAUGAAUUGCUUUAAUUUAAAACUUAAAUUGUAUGUAACGAUGCAAGCUUUUUCAUUCCAUUUUAGUUAUUUAUUUUAGUGACUACUAUAUAUAUAAACCUUUUUUCUUGAGUUCUA